AACGUGUACACGCAAACUUGUAAGGAACUGGUAACACCCUCCAAUCACAACAUAUCCUGUGGUUUAAAAGGUGCCAUCUACGGUCAGGUCAAGGUUCCCCUUACUCUCUGUACUCUGGAGAGAGUCAAGAUGGGGAAAAGGCGAUUCUCCGGUUUGGAAAUCACCCUCCUGGUCCUGUUCAUUUUGAUGACUGUGACGGCCCUUGCCUUGAUAAUUCUGUUUGUCACUGGAGAGCCUGGUAUCCUUAAAGACGAGACCACUGAUGGUUUUGUUGCUCAAUGCCCAAACAUUGCUCUCGCUGAGAGAGUAGACUGUUUCCCAGAUGCUGGGGCCUCAAAGCUGAAAUGUGAGCAGCGUGGCUGUUGCUGGAACCCCCUGAAUGCGAGAAAUGUGCCCUGGUGUUACUUUCCAACCAACCAUGGAUACACAGUUGAAUCAGUGGAGCAAGUGAACUCUUACGAAAUGACAGCUCGUCUGAAAAGAAUGGCCGCCCCUUCUUUAUAUGGUGCAGAUAUACAGGAGCUGUCAUUUCACGCUGAAAUGCAGACCAACAAUCGACUUCGAUUUAAGAUCACCGAUGCCCACAAGCAGAGGUAUGAGGUCCCUCACGAGCACAUCCCUAAAGUCAGCAAAACCCCCUCCAUCCCAAUCAGCAACACGCUCGAAAUCACACACAAACCCUUUGGCCUCACCGUGCGCAGGAGAGAAAACAACAAAGUCCUGUUUGACACCACAAUGGCUCCGCUGGUGUUCGCAGACCAGUAUCUGCAGCUGUCUGCUAAGCUUCCAUCCCAUAAUAUCUACGGCCUGGGAGAGCACGUACAUACAAGAUAUCGCCACGACACAAACUGGAGAACAUGGCCCAUUUUCUCAAGAGACGCUUUCCCAAAUGGGGGAACACAUAACCUCUAUGGACAAUAUCCCUUCUUCCUCUGUAUGGAAGAUGAGAGUGGGAAGUCUUUUGGAGUCUUUCUUUUGAACAGCAACGCUAUGGAGGUGACCCUGCAGCCUGCCCCUGCAGUGACCUACAGGACUAUUGGAGGAGUUCUGGACUUCUACAUUGUCUUUGGAGACACACCAGAACAAGUGGUGCAAGAGUAUGCCGAGCUCAUUGGCAAGCCUGUCAUUCCUCCAUACUGGUCACUGGGUUUCCAGCUCUCCCGUUGGAACUAUGGGAGUCUGCAGGAGGUCAAGAACACGGUGGAAAGGAACCGUGCCGUGGACCUCCCAUAUGACAUUCAAUACACUGACAUAGACUACAUGGAGGAUAAGAAAGAUUUCACUUACGACAAAGUGAAGUUCCAGGAUCUUCCUCAGUUUGCUGAUUACCUCCAUGAGAAGGGACAGAGAUACAUCCUCAUCCUUGAUCCUGCAAUAGCCACCAGUAGGAGGGUUGGAAAUACGCCAUAUGAGUCCUUUGAUCGGGGGACAGCGAUGGAUGCUUGGGUCACAGAAGCAGAUGGGACAACCCCUCUUUUAGGAGAGGUGUGGCCAGGAGAGACAGUAUUUCCAGACUACACAAGCCAGAACUGCAUUGAUUGGUGGGCUGAUGAGUAUGAGCGAUUCUACAGGGAGAUCAAACACGAUGCCCUCUGGAUUGACAUGAACGAAGUGGCUAAUUUCAAACAAGGAUCAACCAAGGGAUGUGCUGAUAACAACCUCAACUACCCUCCAUACACUCCGAGGAUCCUUGAUGAGGUGAUGUACAGUAAGACCCUGUGUAUGGAUGCCAAGCAGGCCUGGGGGAGCCACUAUGAUGUCCACAGUCUAUAUGGCUACUCCAUGGUGCUGGCCACUGAAGUAGCUCUGCAGCGCGUGUUUGCGGGAAACCGUACUCUGAUGCUGACCCGCUCUGCCUUUCCUGGUGUUGGAAAGUAUUCAGGUCACUGGCUGGGUGACAACGGCGCUAACUGGAAUGACAUAAAAUGGGCCAUACCUGGCAUGCUGGAGUUUGGGCUUUUUGGAGUUCCUUAUAUCGGAGCUGACAUCUGUGGGUUCUUUGACGACUCAAGUGAAGAGUUGUGCCGUCGCUGGAUGCAAGUAGGGGCUUUCUAUCCCUUCAGCAGAAACCACAACGCCGAAGGCUACAGGCCUCAGGAUCCAGCGUGGUACGGUGCUGGCUCAACACUGGUGGAAAGCGCCAAACACUACCUGAAUAUACGUUACACACUCCUGCCAUACCUCUACACACUCUUCUUUAAAGCUCACACUACAGGGGAGACUGUUGUACGACCUGUCUUGCAUGAGUUCUACACUGAUUCUCUCACGUGGGAUGUGGACCGCCAGUUCCUCUGGGGAAAAUACCUGCUCAUCACUCCUGUCCUCGACCCGGGGGUGAACAGCGUGCGGGCAUACAUACCGAAUGCAGUGUGGUAUGACUAUGAAACGAUGCAACGACUGACAGACCGUGGAAAACAUGUUGAAUUGCACCUACCAGGUGACAAACUUGGCUUACACAUCAGAGGUGGUGCAGUCCUCCCCACACAGAGGCCAAAUGUCACCACCACGUACAGUCGGCUGAACCCCAUGGGUUUGAUUGUGGCUCUUGACGACAACAACCAAGCAGCUGGAGAGCUCUUCUGGGAUGAUGGUGAUUCCCGAGAGACGUUUGAGAAAGGCAACUAUGUCCACUACCAGUUCUCUGUUUUCAAUGGUGCACUGACAAUGCAGGUCACACAUGCUGGCUACAAGGACCCAAACAAUCUUAAGUUUGAGAAUAUUGUGAUCCUCGGGGUGUCUCAUCCGCCCACAUCUGUCUCUGUGACUCACGUCGGUAGUGGUAUGAACACAACCACUGCGUUGCCCAACAUCAACAUAGAUUAUGAUGCAACGAAGCAGGUGCUGUCCCUCCAAAACCUCUCCUUGAACUUCGGGAACAACUAUGUAGUUCAUUGGGAUCUGUCAGCUGAAGAAUAUCAACGAUUUGACUGCCAUCCAGAACAGAAUGCAGAUGAAGCCAAAUGCCUGGCCAGGGGUUGCCUCUGGAGGCCAAGUAACAUAGAAGCUGCUCCCUUUUGCUUCUACCCAAAUGACUACGGUUACACGGUUACUACGAACGCAGAGACGGAAACAGGCAUCACACUUGACAUCACUCGAAACAAGAAGUACAGGAGCAGCGGACGCCCAGGCUCACCCGACAUCGACAACCUCCGAGUCGAAAUCCGUUAUCACACAAGUCACAUGCUCCAAUUCAAGAUCUGGGACCCGACAGCAGAGCGCUAUGAGAGCCCGUUUGGCAUCCAGGUGUACAGGAAAAGCACAGGUACCAAAAUCUGGGACUCCUCCGUGCCGGGUUUUACCUUCUCAGACAUGUUCAUCCAGGUGUCUACUCGACUGUCAUCUCAGUCCGUAUACGGCUUUGGAGAAACGGAGCAUCCCACCUAUGAACAUGAUCUCAACUAUCACACCUGGGGCAUGUUCUCCAAGGACCAGCCUCCCGGUUACAAGAAAAAUUGCUAUGGCGUCCAUCCUUUCUACAUGGGCCUUGAGCCCACCUCUGAUGCUCAUGGAGUGCUGUUGCUGAACAGCAAUGCUAUGGAUGUGACUUUCCAGCCGACUCCAGCUUUGACCUACAGAACUCUUGGUGGCAUCCUGGAUUUCUACAUUGUCCUGGGCCCCACACCUGAAAUGGUUGUACAGGAAUACACUGCACUGAUUGGAAGACCCGUUCUACCUGCCUAUUGGUCUCUUGGGUUCCAGCUCUGUCGCUAUGGUUACGCCAAUGACUCAGAAAUAGCCAACCUAUACAAUGACAUGAAGGCAGCUGGUAUCCCUUAUGAUGUACAGUAUGCUGACAUCGACUACAUGGACCGUCAGCUGAACUUCGUCCUGGACCCUGAGUUUAAAAAUCUGGGUAACCUUGUCAACUCCAUGAGAGCAGAAGGCAUGAGGUUCAUCUUCAUUCUGGAUCCUGCCAUUUCAGGCAAUGAGACAAGCUACAAUGCUUUUGAGAGGGGAGUAGAAGCAGAUGUCUUCAUCAAAUGGCCUGAAAGCAUUUCUAGUGAAAUUGUUUGGGGAAAGGUCUGGCCUGAUUUCCCUAAUGUCACAGUAGAUGAAUCUCUCGACUGGGACACCCAAGUAGAGAUCUACAGGGCAUACACCGCAUUCCCAGACUUCUUCCGUACUCAAACAGCAGCAUGGUGGCAUAAAGAAAUUGAAGAUUUCUACUGGAAUGUAACAAAGUUUGAUGGACUUUGGAUUGAUAUGAAUGAACCUGCUAGUUUUGUCCAUGGCACAGUUGGAGAGAUAUGUCUUGGUGAUCCCAAGCUAGAGAAUCCUCCAUAUAUGCCACCCCUUGAUUCUUCACAUCUUGGAUUAAACCAUAAGACCCUCUGUAUGAACAGUGAACAGAUACUUAGCAAUGGAAAGAAGGUCAGGCACUAUGACGUCCAUAACCUCUAUGGGUGGUCCCACACCAAACCCACCUACGACGCCCUGCUGUCUGUGACGGGUAAAAGAGGCAUAGUGGUGACCAGGUCCACUUACCCCUCCAGUGGAAAAUGGGCUGGGCAUUGGCUGGGUGACAAUGAUGCGAAAUGGGACCAGCUGUACAAAUCCAUUAUAGGAAUGAUGGAGUUCAGUCUGUUUGGGAUUCCUUACACUGGGGCAGAUAUAUGUGGGUUCUUUAAUACAGCUGAGUAUGAGAUGUGUCUUCGCUGGAUGCAGCUGGGUGCUUUCUAUCCAUAUUCACGCAACCACAAUGGCAAGGGUAACCCGAGACAAGAUCCUGUUGCUUGGAAUGCCACCUUCGCCGCCACAUCGCGGGAUGUCCUGAACAUCCGCUAUACCCUCCUGCCCUACCUGUACACACUAAUGUUUGAGGCCCACACCACAGGCAGCACAGUGGUCAGGCCGAUGUUGCACGAAUUUGUGAAUGACAAAACUACAUGGAACAUCCACAAGCAGUUCCUCUGGGGACCCGCACUACUCAUCAGCCCUGCACUGGAUGCAGGAGCCAGAGAGGUUGUAGGCUAUCUUCCUAAUGCACGCUGGUAUGACUUCCACACUGCCAAGGAUGUUGGAGUGCGUGCACAAAUGCAUAACAUGCCAACGCCCCUGGAGCACAUUAACCUUCAUAUCAGAGGGGGAUACGUCUUACCCUGGCAGAAACCAGAGAACAACACAAAAUACAGUCGACAGAAUCCUUUGGGACUGAUCGUUGCUUUGAGCGAUGAAGGAACCGCUCAAGGAUCAUUCUUCUGGGAUGACGGAGAAGGAAUAGACACAGUCGGCAGAAACGAAUAUCUCUUUACCAAAUUUUCUGCUGCUUCGAACACGUUAAAAAAUGAGGCUGUCCACAGUGCUUUGGCAGCUGAAGACCGGCUCAUUUUGGGAGUGGUUAAGGUUUGGGGGGCAGGCAGCUCCAGGAUCACAGAGGCGACUCUAACAGUCUCAGGUGGAAUGCCGCAGCCUCUGACUCCAGAACACAACCUUGAGACACAGGAGCUGAUUAUAGAUGUAACAUCAAAGGCUAUCCACGUGGAUGUACCUUUUGAAAUACAGUGGAAGGCCACCGUCUGAAUCCAGUCCCUUAAUGUUUUUUAAGCUGCAUUAUGACAAACGAUUGUGUUGAAAUCAUCACUAGUCUGCCCAGUUUAAUGAACGAAGAGACUUUAAAAUAAUAAGUUACUACUUGUUUGUCUCCCCAUGUGGUCACUACAGUGCCAGUGAUUAAAAUGUACAGUACAGUAUAGACAGUGACAGCUGACUUGAUUCAUUACAAAUGGAUGAAAUGGAAAUAUAAUAUGUUGGAAAUUUGAAAUGAAAAUGUGAAAAUAAAAAAAAUAACACCAACA